AUGACAUCAGUACAAGGUUCUUCUUCACAACCCGAAGCAGAUCCUAAGGCACGAGCUCUCAGUGGUUACAAGCGACGAUUGCUGGAGCAUCGCGAACUGGAUGCAAAACUCAAAGAUAUGCGUCUCGGAUUGCGAUCGCUUGAAAAAGAAUACGACCGUUCAGAAGAUGACAUUAAAGCAUUACAAAGUGUCGGCCAAGUCAUUGGCGAAGUGUUGAAACAACUCGACGAAGAACGAUUUAUUGUAAAAAACACGAGUGGACCACGAUAUGUUGUUGGCUGUCGUAACACAGUGGAUAAAGACAAGCUCAAGCAAGGUGCACGUGUGGCAUUGGAUAUGACGACUCUCACAAUUAUGCGCAUCUUACCUCGUGAGGUGGACCCACUUGUAUACAACAUGUCAAUGGAGGACGCAGGCUCUGUCAGCUUUGCUGGUAUCGGUGGUUUAGGAGAACAAAUCAGAGAAUUGAGAGAAGUGAUUGAACUGCCCUUGUUGAACCCUGAGUUGUUCUUACGUGUUGGCGUCAAGCCUCCCAAGGGUGUGCUUCUUUAUGGUCCUCCUGGUACUGGUAAAACUCUCCUCGCAAAGGCAGUGGCAAGCACAUUGUCCGUCAACUUUUUAAAGGUGGUGUCAAGUGCAAUCGUCGAUAAAUACAUUGGUGAAAGUGCUCGAUUAAUCCGUGAAAUGUUUGGCUAUGCAAAGGAACAUGAGCCUUGUAUUAUCUUCAUGGACGAAAUCGAUGCUAUUGGUGGCCGUCGUUUCUCUGAAGGCACUUCUGCAGAUCGUGAAAUUCAGCGUACUUUAAUGGAGCUCUUAAAUCAAAUGGAUGGCUUCGACUAUCUCGGACAAACCAAGCUGAUUAUGGCAACCAACCGUCCUGACACGUUGGACCCUGCAUUGUUGCGACCAGGUCGUCUUGAUCGUAAGAUUGAAAUUCCUUUGCCCAACGAACAAGGUCGCUUGGAAAUUCUCAAGAUUCAUGCUGGCCAUAUUACGAAGCAUGGCGAAAUAGAUUAUGAAGCUAUUGUCAAGUUAUCAGAUGGAUUCAACGGUGCUGAUUUGAGAAACGUCUGUACGGAAGCUGGUAUGUUUGCCAUUCGAGAAGAACGUGAUUACUGCAUCCAAGAAGAUUUUAUGAAGGCCGUUCGUAAGGUCGCAGAUGCGAAGAAAUUGGAAACCAAGCUGGACUACGAAAAGAUAUAA